AUGGCGACUUAUGGGAUCUCACAAGUUCUCCAACAGGACAUUCUACAAAUCGCGAAUAUGAGCUCGAGAUUCACAACAGCAGAUCCGCUAACAAACGUCAUGUUAAGAGAUCCACGCGGUGUAUUUAUGAGCCCCAUAGAAUCGCGCAGAGAUGUGGCACUGCACAACUAUUACAAGGGACUGAUGGGUUCCAUCGGACCCAUCACAAAUUCCUUUCUUUUGAAGUCAUACAGUCACUGUGCGCCACAGCUCACUGAGGCUUCCGCCUGGAUCCAACAAUUUCAUCCUAAUCAAUACUGGCACGUUCCAUGGAAAGACGAGCCGGGAACAUUUGAUAUACCUCCCGACUGCGUGAAUGCAAAUCUUUACUACUAUAUUGAGAAUGCUCUGCAUACGAACCGGAAAACCUACAUGCAGGGCAAAGAGCACUAUUACAUACGACAGCUCGAUUUCAGAGUCUUCGAACUGCAAACACCAGGCAAAGAGGCGGCCAAAUACCUGCUGGCGUGUAUCAGCAAGAUCCACCCGCAAGUGGACAAAUACGCGCACUUCACUCUCGCACAUCAAGACCUGCUCCAAGGCUUGGGAUGGGAACACCUCGGCCACGUUACUUUCAAUCCGGAGUUCGCUCGUGAUGGCAGCCUCUUGACAGUUCCUCAAAGUACGAGAAGCUGGGUACUGAGAGGCGUGCCGCAUUCGAACAAAGCGGCUGCGCCAGCGGUAAGCAAUUCAGACGUGCCGCCGAAGCCAGACUUUGCAGGAUUGGAGUGCUAUGGGUAG